CCACGAUGUAGAUCUCAUCAACGACUAUCACCCAGUCAGACCUCUGUGGCUGGGGAGACAUCCACCGCAUGGUCAGGAGGAGCCCUGCAUCUCUCGGAUGCUUAUGCAGCUGGGUUUUAUGGUUGGACAAGCUUGGCGUCUGUGCCAGGUAUGGUAUCAAAGGCGUCUUGAGACAGUCUCUCUAUGGCGGCAACUAUGGAGUACUGGAGUCCAGUAUGGACCCAAACCCUGAUUACUGGUUGACCCUGCUCUACAAGCGUCUGGUUGGAAAUAAAGUGUUCGAUGUCACAUCUCCUUCCAAGUUUGUCCGGGUGUACGCUCACUGCACUAAGAUUAAAAACAUGUACCACUACAACCCCGGAAGCGUCACUGUAUAUGCGAUGAACGUUAACAACGACUCUGCUGUCCUGAGAUUCCCUCACAUGCUGGGUCAAGGUCAUCUGGAUGUCUUCUGGCUCACCCCCCAACAUGGCAGCCUUAGGGCAAAAGUCGUGGAAUUGAAUGGUAAAGCCAUCACAUAUACCAAUAAUGUCAUCCCACCUCUACAACCAAAGACAGUCACAUCCGGGUCAGUGACAAUCCCUCCUCGUUCCUUCGGCUUCAUCGUGGUACCAAACGCUGACCUCGCCGCCUGCAAGUCACAGAGCCAGGGACCAGUCAUUGGCUGAAACAACAGUUUGAUCUUGUAAUUGUUGAAGGUUGUGCAGUAUAAAUACAA